AUGUCUAAUUUAUUCCCAACACCCCAAUCUUCUCAGACUAUCGAGCUAGAUGGUCACGAGAUCUCUGUAACCGGGGUUGAGCUCUUAGAUCGACGCCGAACAGUGCAUCGUGUCAAGCUCGAGUUCGGCUCAUAUCGACAUACAAUUCCAAAGACAGUGACGUCUAUUAUUGCUAAACAGCAAAAGGAUGAAUGGGAAGAAGAGUUUGAAGACGAGGAGAGGGCUUAUCACAGAUUGAAGAAGCUCCAGGGAGAAGUGAUUCCACAUUUUUACGGUCGGGGUUAUUUUGAUGGGCAACCUGCACUCAUCCUAUCGGAUAUUGCGGGAAUUACAUUGAAUGAUCUGGCUCACAGCAACUACGAGGUCCCAGAGGAUUCACUAAAAGCUUACCUGGAGGAAGCUUUCCAUAAACUUUCGACACAUGGUGCUUUGUACCGAGACCAAAAACUGGAUAACUUUUUGUUAUGUGAAGACAAGGAUCGUGGCUACAGCAAAGCGAUGGUUGUUGAUCUCGAGCAUGUUGAGUUUCCUGGUCAAAUUCGUCCUUGGCAACAUUCUAUCAACCGGGAGGGAGCAAGAUCUCUAAUGGAAGAGUUUACAUACAAGCGACACCCCCAGCGCGAAUCAACUCCACUUGACUUGUGGAUGUCUGGACAUGAUCAAAGUGCUCCACUCAGCGAGCUAGAUGGUAUCGUCGGGAUCCAUCAAGAAAGUAUUGGGAGGCAUGCACCUACUACAGCUUGA